AAGUGGGUCGCCGAGCCAGGUUGCUAAGGAAGUGAGCGGCCACUGUCUCUCCCCAUCCGGGGCAGCGGGGAAUGGCUGAGCCAGGGGUUCGCCGCCCCCGCCGCCGCCGCCGCCGCCGCCGCCCGCUUUCGGCUCGGGCCGCAGGACCGUAGCAUCCUGAGACAUUUUGAAUUGACACUUCUCAAGAUUUGACUGGAUCAGAGUUCAUCAUGUCAAAGUUGAAAAGCUCAGAGUCAGUCAGGGUGGUGGUUCGCUGUCGGCCCAUGAAUGGCAAGGAAAAGGCUGCUUCGUAUGACAAAGUGGUGGAUGUGGAUGUUAAGCUGGGGCAGGUGUCUGUGAAGAACCCCAAAGGGACGGCCCAUGAAAUGCCCAAGACCUUCACCUUUGAUGCCGUCUAUGACUGGAAUGCCAAGCAGUUUGAACUGUACGAUGAGACGUUCCGACCACUUGUUGACUCUGUCCUGCAAGGUUUCAAUGGAACCAUUUUUGCCUAUGGACAAACUGGGACAGGAAAAACCUACACCAUGGAAGGAAUCCGUGGUGACCCUGAAAAAAGAGGAGUCAUUCCUAACUCAUUUGACCAUAUCUUCACCCACAUCUCUCGAUCCCAGAAUCAACAGUACCUGGUCAGGGCUUCUUACUUAGAGAUCUACCAGGAGGAGAUCCGAGAUUUGCUCUCAAAGGAUCAGACCAAAAGGCUUGAGCUCAAAGAGAGGCCUGACACAGGAGUGUAUGUGAAAGACCUGUCUUCCUUUGUCACCAAGAGUGUGAAGGAGAUAGAGCAUGUGAUGAAUGUGGGGAACCAGAACCGUUCUGUUGGUGCUACCAACAUGAACGAGCACAGCUCGCGUUCUCAUGCAAUUUUCGUUAUCACUAUUGAGUGCAGCGAGGUGGGCCUUGAUGGUGAAAACCACAUCCGUGUAGGAAAAUUGAACCUUGUAGAUCUUGCUGGCAGCGAACGGCAAGCCAAGACCGGCGCACAAGGGGAGAGAUUAAAAGAAGCUACCAAGAUCAACCUCUCCCUUUCCGCUUUGGGUAAUGUCAUCUCUGCUCUAGUGGACGGCAAAAGCACUCACAUUCCAUAUCGGGACUCAAAGCUUACCAGGCUCCUCCAAGAUUCCCUUGGUGGCAAUGCCAAGACUGUGAUGGUGGCCAACGUGGGGCCUGCCUCUUACAACGUAGAAGAGACUCUGACCACUCUGCGAUAUGCCAACCGUGCCAAAAACAUUAAGAACAAACCAAGGGUCAAUGAGGACCCCAAGGAUGCCCUCCUUCGAGAAUUCCAGGAAGAGAUUGCUCGGCUCAAGGCCCAGCUGGAAAAACGGUCCAUUGGUAGGAGGAAGAGGCGAGAGAAGCGGAGGGAAGGUGGUGGCAGUAGUGGGGGUGGGGAAGAGGAGGAGGAGGAGGGAGAAGAGGGUGAGGAGGAAGGGGAUGAUAAGGAUGAUUACUGGCGGGAACAGCAAGAAAAACUGGAGAUUGAGAAGCGGGCCAUUGUAGAGGAUCACAGCUUGGUUGCAGAGGAGAAGAUGAGGCUGCUGAAGGAGAAAGAGAAAAAGAUGGAGGACCUGCGGCGGGAGAAGGAUGCUGCCGAGAUGCUGGGCGCCAAGAUCAAGGCCAUGGAGAGUAAGUUGCUUGUUGGAGGAAAAAAUAUAGUAGAUCAUACGAAUGAACAGCAGAAAAUCCUGGAGCAGAAACGACAGGAAAUUGCAGAGCAGAAACGUCGAGAAAGAGAAAUCCAGCAACAGAUGGAAAGUCGAGAUGAGGAGACCUUGGAACUUAAAGAGACAUACAGCUCAUUGCAGCAAGAGGUGGACAUCAAGACCAAAAAACUCAAAAAGCUCUUCUCCAAGCUUCAGGCAGUGAAGGCUGAGAUCCACGACCUCCAAGAAGAACACAUCAAGGAGCGCCAAGAGCUAGAGCAGACUCAGAAUGAGCUCACCAGGGAGCUGAAACUCAAGCAUCUUAUUAUAGAAAACUUUAUCCCUCUGGAAGAAAAAAGUAAAAUUAUGAAUAGAGCCUUCUUUGAUGAAGAGGAAGAUCAUUGGAAACUACAUCCUAUAACCAGACUGGAGAACCAGCAGAUGAUGAAGCGGCCAGUCUCAGCCGUGGGAUAUAAGAGACCAUUGAGCCAGCACGCAAGAAUGUCCAUGAUGAUUCGUCCAGAGGCCCGAUAUAGGGCGGAAAACAUUGUGCUGUUAGAGCUGGACAUGCCCAGCCGGACCACCAGAGACUAUGAGGGUCCAGCCAUUGCCCCCAAGGUCCAGGCUGCAUUGGAUGCGGCUCUGCAGGAUGAAGAUGAGAUACAGGUGGAUGCAUCAUCCUUUGAAAGCACUGCAAAUAAGAAAUCCAAAGCCAGGCCUAAAAGUGGAAGGAAGUCGGGAUCCUCCUCCUCUUCCUCAGGAACCCCUGCAUCUCAGCUUUAUCCACAGUCUCGGGGGCUGGUUCCAAAGUAAAGCCAGCUUCUCCUCUCCCAGGGCGGAAACAGCAUUUGCCUUCUGAGAGAAGAGACUAGCAAAAAGCUGCAGAGAGGAUUCGGCCCAAACUCAGAACUGUUCCCCUGAGGAGAAGCGGUGGCCUCUUUGCAGAUCAACCAACUUAAUCUGGUUGAACGUGCUAUUCCUAAUCUGGCACUCAGCCCCUCUGGGAAACAUCUUUUAAUUAGCAUCUCAGAAAUGCAUGGGUAAGGUAAAGUGCGAUAGUCCAAGUGGAAAGCAAGAGAAUGACCAGUGACCUUGCUUCCUUCCCCCUUGCCUUCUUCUCCCCCUUCCCCUGUGCUCCCUUUCUCUCCUGUCUCCUUUUCUAGCCUGUUCUUUACAUGGGGCUCCCUUCUUGUUGAACAAUAGGGCAGAAUCAGGAGUCACCUUAGCAGGACCACAUCUUUGGAGCCUCGGGAUAAAAUGACAGUGAGGUUGAAAAGUGAAAACCCUAGAACUUGAAUAGGUGCCUGUUCUUGUAGGGAGAAAUGAGAAAUCGCAUUUGGAUCCAGGCCCCAGGUGGGCACCAUCAGCAGUCUUGCUUCCAUGCACCUCAGUAAGAAGUGGAUCUGCCUUUGGGACCUGCUCAGUGAGGAAAUCUCUUCCAAUUUCUGCUUCUGAAGGAUUCAAUGUUGGGAGCAAUAGAAAUAACAUUCCCUUUGGCUCCUCUGAGUGUUUAGGGAAAUAGCUUCUUUAAAACCUCAAAACCAUGACCAUCCUGUCAAAGACCUAAGUCUGUAAGCUGGUGCCAUGUCCAUACACCAUGUCAUUUGUCACCAUCUUUUCCCAUGCACGCGUACUCUGAACAUCCUUGUGUGGGCCCAUCCUCUGCCUCCAGAGCAUGCUCUGCAGUGGGCCUGUUUUGUGGAAGAAAGGAGGCUGUCUCUGCCUUCUCUGAUGGGACUGGAGUUGAGGGAAGGAGCUGUAUUGUGGCACUUCUGAAUUCCCCAUUUUGUUCCAUAUUGGUAUAGAGAGCAGAAGAGUAGCUAGGCAGAUGCAGAGAUGGAGACAUGAGACUCAGUGCAGUGGGUAGGGAAGACAUAACAGAUGGAAGCAAAGGAAUCCUGCCUGCCUUCAGCAGAGAAUUCACCGAAUCCUAGAACUGUGGCUCCCUCCAGGCAGAGCCUAAGAUGCUGGUGAAGAAUAGCUGCGUGAUUGAAUAGGCUCAAAGGAGAGUUCAGAAUUCCCAUUUACAUAUUACUAGUUUGGUUUGUAAGUUUUAGUUCCUUGUAUUAUUGAGAUUCAGAGCUUCGUUUUAUGUUGGUCAUUAGGUGAAUAUUACUCAUUUUCCCUCAAGAGAAGCUCAUAAGUGUGUGUGGGUGUGAGAGCACGAUGGUGCCUGUGUUUUGUGAAUGUGUCCAUGUGUGUCUGUAAGAGAGAAAGAGACCAAGAACUUGCCCAAUUUUAGAAAUACACUAAUGUGCAGUUGUUGCCUUUUGUCUGUAUUGAAGGCCCAUUGAAUGACUAAUCCAGGCUGGAAGCAUUCCCAUGUGGGUGUCUGAGUCCAUGAGCCAAGCCUGAGGGGACAGUGAGUCUCCAGGUCUGCCACACUGGUGCACCUUGCUGGCACGGUGCCUCAGGAAGGUGGCAACUCAGGUGGGCCUUGAGUUAUAUUUUAACUCAGCUGCUCAGUUCCCAGGGCACAUUUCUGGAUCAGAACCCAUGGGAAACAGGAGGUACUAAGUGCAAUGUCUUAGCAUUCUGCAAAAUGGAGAUCUGUUGUCCAGCGGCUUAUCUCCUUUUUAGUAACCCUUCUUUCUGAACCCAGGGCCCUUUUCAGCCUUCCCUCAUCUUUUCUUGAGAUCAAACUUUACUUCUUUCUUAUUUACUAAGAAUUUGCCUGUUUGAAUAAGAACAAAACGCUAAGGUGGGUAGCCUAAGCUGAUUAUCUGCUGGUUACACGUGGCUCUCACACCACAUUUCCUCAAAGCUAAUCUGAAUUCUGUAGGCUAAAAAUAUUCAUGUAGCAAAUCUGAGAAUUGAAAACUGCAGAUAACCGGCCGGGUAUGGUGACUCAUGCCUGUAAUCCUAGCACUUUGGGAGGCCGAGGUGUGUGGACCACCUGAGGUUAGGACUUCAAGACAAGCCUGGCCAACAUGGUGAAACCCCAUCUGUACUAAAAAUACAAAAAUUUGCCCGGUGUGGUGGUGCAUGCCUCUAGUCCUAGCUACUCGGGAGGCUGAGGCACGAGAAUCACUUGAACCUGGGAGGCGGAGGUUGCAGUGAGUCGAGAUAACACCACUGCACUCCAGCCUGGGCAACAGAGUGAGACUCCACCUCAAAAAAAAAAAAAAAAAAAAAAAACAAAGAAAAAGAAAACUGCAGAUAACCCUAUACAUUAAUACUGGUAUCUCGAGGUGACUCUUCUGACCAAGGGUGGUUAAGUGACACAUAGAACUUUUCUAAGAGAAGACAGACAAGUUGACAGGCAUGCCUUGUACUCAGCUGUGUUCAUGUGGUGGUCUGUGGAAAGAAAAGAAGACUCAUUUGGAAAUGAAGCUGUCCCUUUCCAAGCAGUCUCUGGUGCUUUUCUUCUCUCAAAAUGGAUCCGAUAAAUAUUUGAAUAGAGCAGAUUAUAGAAUGUCGUGCUGCCACCAGAAAGCUGCUGUUUUGGGUUCUGCAUUGAGCCAAAUAUGUAGAGGACCUACCAAGCCCGCUGAGGGACCAGGUUUUCAUGUCUCUAGUCAUACCUAGAAUGUUCUGAGCCGUCUGAGGGCCUUCAUGCCGGCAGCAGCUAGCAAAGCCAGAAAGCAAGUCUAACAGGAUCUAAGAUGACCAUCAGGAGAAGGAGUUUGAGACUGUGUGUGCAACCCCCAAUAGACCCCCUUUUACUCUGGUCUGGGGAAUGUAUCUGGCUUCAUAUUUUCAAGUCACAUGUCUCUUAGACCCCUGGAUUCAGAACCCAAGGCCACAAAUCAUAGGCAUGAAGCACUUUCUUAAGACUGACCUAAUGCUGGAUUAUUUCCCGUCUAAUGCCUGCAUGCUGCUUGAAUUGCUCCACCCACACCUCCAUGACCAAGGGCGCCAGAGUGCUGCAACUGGGGCGUGGGCCGCUCUCUGCUUUUCCUGUCUGACUCUGACAAGUCCUCCCUCACUGAAUGUAGAAUCGUUGCCAAGUUUCUGAGAAGUGUCGAUUCCCUGUUAACGUGGAUAUCAGUUGUGCCUCACAUUUCCCACUUGAGGUUGAGGCGUACUGGAGACAACACCUCAGACCAUCUGAACCCCAUCAGUGGACGAAAAUGGGGCUGUUAAUAUACUCUAAAAGCCAUACUAAAAAUGCUCUGAGGGAACUGGCUAAGAAUAGUGGGCCUGGUGAUUGUCUAUCACGCAAGGCUUUGUUUUAUACUGUUCAGAAAUCUGUCACCUUUCUGCCUGCCCUUGUUUCCUGAAUGAAAUGCUUCUGGGGUUAUUUAUGAAAGGAGUGAUCCUGGGGCAGGCAGGAGGCAGUGGGCUUUAUGGCUCCUUGAAGUUAUUACUGAUCUUGACCUUCUCUUUGGCUACCUUUAGACAAAAAAUACGCCAAUCAAUACUUGGGGCUCUAAGUUUUACAAUUGAUAUUUAUUUGUAUCAUCUCUUUGUCUAGGAAUGUAAAAGUGAUUCUAAACUAAGAUGUGUAAUAAAAAUCAAUCAGAUUUAUUGUA